UCGGUUAAAUUCGAUGCGGCGACACGUCCGAAUGACUCUGAUCGAUUGGGAGGCCGCUUUCUUGAUUGCGGCAGCUUUUAGCAGCAAUUCCCGAGGAAAGCUGCAUGGAUUCGAUAAUAUUUGGAAUCGUCUGCAGUGACGUUUACAAGUCCCAACUGGUUUUACUGUCUCGAGGAUAUAUCGGAUAUUUGUCAAGACAGACCUGAGGCGGACACCUCCGAGGUCCGCCUGGAUGUCGUAUGGGGACAUGGAGCCCCAGAGGGAGGAGCACUUAGGCCUGUUCCCCGGGGUGGGACUCCUCUACGCUGUGCUGUCAGCAGCAUGUUUCUCGGUAGGGGCGCUGCUGGUUGCCUUUGUCCGAGAGGUGCAUGCGCUGGAGGUGACGUUCGCGCGGAUGACGAUCCAGCUCAUCAUGAUCACACCAGCCGUGUGGUACUCAAAGGAACCUUUCUUCGGGGACCCGGAUGAUCGUCUGAUGCUGUGGCUACGCGCCAUGUUGGGCACGUGGUCUAUGUGCUUCAUGUAUUACGCAAUUCACCACAUGCCGCUAGGUGACGCCUCCGUCCUCCAUUUCAGUUCACCGGUCUUCGUCGGGCUUCUAGCAUUCCUUCUUGUAAAGGAGCCCUGUGGAAUAUUCGAGUCAGCUACCACUAUUGUUACUUUUAUAGGCAUCGUUUUCAUUGCUCAGCCACCGUCUUUAUUUGGCGGGAAAUCCAGCCAAGAUAGCGUCGAGACGAAAAUUUGGGAACGCACGAUUGCGUCAUGUUGCGCGCUCCUGGCGUCCAUCUGUGGUGCUGGCGUUCAUGUCACACUAAGGAGACUUAAACACGUUCAUUGUUCCACAGUCAUCUUCACCUACUCUCUGUGGGGGGUGAUACAGAGCGCCGUGGUCAGUUACAUCGGCAAUGUGUGGUCCCUCCCUGAUGGCGCCAAGGGCUGGGGAUGCAUUAUCGGCGUCGGUUUGUUCGCUGUCGCCGCUCAAGUCUGUUUCACUCUCGCCUUAAAGACCGAGAAUGCUGGCGCAGUCAGUGUUCUGAGGAGCACAGAGAUUGUUUUCGCGUUCGUCUGGGAGGUGGCGUUCCUGAAACAAUAUCCCAAUGUUUACAGCGUUGUUGGCGGGUUGCUGGUGAUGGGAUGCGCCGUUGCCUAUGGGAUUCGUAAAGGAUUCAAGAUCAGGCAGGUUCGUGCUGAGGUUAUUGAAUCUGAGGACGAGGGAAGUCCAGUGCUAAAAACUAGUCCAGUGAUGCCGAAAGUGACGUCAUAGCAACAGGAACACCCGCUUGUCUGAUUGGUGCAGGGACAACCAAUAUCAAUGUUUCACAUUUUUGCCAGUUCAACCUCAACUUAGUCACAGUGGACCUGGAGAAGGCUACGUUGCUGUCAAAUCUCAAUUUUCACAGUAUAUACAGCUAUUUAUGGCAUUUGACCGCUUUUCUUGCAUCAGCAACUUCAAGUAA